UUGUGUAUUAAAAUGUCGUUUUAAAACUGUAUUAUAAAAAUGUGAGUAAAUAAUUAUGAAAAAAAAAAAAAUAAAUAAAUAAAGAAUAAGAGACGAGUAGUCAAGAAUGUCGCUGAGGGGAAGUUAAAAGGCACCAAAAGCGGCCGGGGGGUGAAGGGGAAAAAUUGUAUAUAUAUUGGCGCCGGGGUUCUUCAAUAAUAUACAUACAAAUUCAAUAAAUAUAUACAUGCACGCAUACCAAGUGUAAAAUAAAAAAAAAUAAAAUAAAACCGGGAAAAGAAAUAUAUAUUUAUAAAAAAAAAGCGAAAUGGUAGGGGUAAAAAUGAAGCAUGAUUUUUGCUGCUGCCGCUAGUGCUGCUGGUGCUGCUGCUGGUGACCGUCAAAGGGGCCGUUUAAGGGGUAAUAUGGGGCGGGCGGGAGGAAAGCUAAAAUAUACAGUGUAAGAGAGAACAUUGAAAUAUAUCAAGGAUAAGGGGUGUGAAGAGAAAGAGAGGAUUAAUGACGAGAAAAUGAUGAUUAUGUAGAGGGGGAAUUGUUGCUUCGUUUUCGGUGUUAGUGUGGUGUCGUGCACGCGAAAGAGUUGUCGUUUUUAUUAGUCUUCAUCUUUUAAAUAUAUAUAUUUAUUAUUAUUAUAUGUAUAUUAGUGUAUUUAUUUAUAUACAUAUAUUAACAAAUUUAAUACAUAGACACGAGUUUUGUACAUGUCCUAUUGACUAGUGUAGUUUUUUUUUUUUUUUUAAAUUUAUUUAUUUUGUUUUUCUAAAUAGAAAAAACAAUACAAGUUGAGGUUUUUUUUUUUUUUUUUUUUUUUUUAUUAUUAAUGGAUAUUUUGGUUUAUUGAAAUUUGGAUAUUUUGUGUUGAUUAUAAUACACAACAUUGUUGUCAGAUAUUCAACUUGAUAAGGAUUUAAACUUUUUUUUUUUUUUUUAUUUUUCUUUCUUUUCGUUUUACCUGGGCACAAGUGAAUUAUUUUUUUUACAUUUAGAAAUGAUAAAAGAUUUAAAUGAAUUAAAUGAUUGUGAAAAUGACAUAAAUAACGAUUGUCAAUUGUUCUCAUGGAUUUUGGAUAAUGCAAAAAAUAUAAAAUUAUAUGAUUAUUUAAAUAAAUAUUUUAAUUUAGAUAUAAAAUAUUUAAAUUGAUGUAUAAAAUUACAUAUAAAAAAAACAUGAGAAUAAGAUAUGAUAAAAAAAUAAUAAACAAAACGAGUCAAAUUAAAUAAAAAAAAAUAAUAUUAGUCAAGUUUGUAAAUAAAUAAAAAAGAAGAAUAAGAAGACGAAACAAAUAAUUGUAAAUAAAAAAAAAAUAUAUCUCAAAGAAAAUUGUAAAAUCUUGAGACUAAAUAAAUAAUAAAUAUUUUAAAAAUAAUAAAAGUUGGAAACAUAUAAUGCCUAGAUGUUUCAAUGAUAAUAAAUCAGUGAGUCCAACAAAUACUGAUAUUAAAAAUAAUUCAGUUGACAUUCUAUUAUCAUCUAGAGGCUACAAUUCAAAUAAUAGUCAAAUUAAUAUUGUUGUUGAUCAACCAGUUGUUGAAAAAUCACAUAGAAAAUUACGUUGUGAUUUAAGUCCAGUACAAACAAAUCCAACAACAACAACAACAAAUUACAAUAUAAAAUUUCUCAGUUUAAAGACUGAACGUGUACAUCGUCAAGAUCAUAAAGUUGUAAGCACUGUUGUUGGUGGUGUUGGUGGUAGUUACAGAGGACGUGAUAAAGAGUUUAAAAAACGUGCAGCUAUAGGAAACGUAGUGAGAGGACUAUUUCCAUCUGGCCACACCAGACAGGACAGGUAUGAGACAAGUAGACAACGUUCGUCAGGCGGGACCGGUGGUGUUGGUUUGUCGAAUUUGUGUCCAAAAUUGGUGGCAAGUAGUGGUGGUGGUGGUGGCGGUGGUGGAAAUACUGGGAGUGGUAACCAAAGUGGAAUCAACUUGGGCCACUUAGCCAAUCAAGAUAAUAGCAGUGUUAUAACAACUCAAAGAAGUAAUAAUAAUAUUAAUAAUAUUAAUAAUAAUAAUAAUAACAAUCAUCAUCAUCAUAAUCAUCAUCAUCGUCAACGUCAACGUAAAAUAUCAAUUGUAAAUCAACCAAAUAGUGUUGUUAAUAAUAACAGUGAUCGUAAAGCAUCAAAUCGUUCAUUAUCAUCAUCAUCAUCGUCAUCAUCAUCAUUGUAUAGUAAUAAAAAAAAUCAAAAAAUUCAUGAACAAUUUAAUGAUUCAGCGUCAUCAUCAUUAUCAUCAACAACAACAACAAUAAAUAGUAAUGGAACAACAACAACAAUUAGUACAUCAUCACCGAAAAAAAAACGUAAUUCAAUUGAUACAACAAAUACUGAUAUAUUGGUUAGUGAUAUUGAUGAAACAACAAUGCCUGUACUUGAAACAACAACGACAACAAUGUCAAAAAUACCAGGCAUUUGUACAACACCAGCAACACCACCAAUAAAUAAAUUAAAAAAUAGUAAAAAAAUUAAUGAUGAGGAUAAGACUGUAGAUCGUAAUUCUUUAAUUGAUGAUAAAAAAAAAACAGAUAUAUUAUUAGAUAAUAAUACAAUUGAUGAUGUAUCAAAUAAACCAACAUCAUCUACAUCAUCAUCAUCAUCAACACAAAUUAGAAAAAUAUCAAUUAAUAAAAAUGUUGUUGAUGGAGAAAAUAAACGUAAAAUAUCUGGCACGUCAUUAUCAUCAGCAUCAUCGUUAUCAUUAUCAUCAUCGUCAUCAUCAUCAUCAUCAAAAUCAAUUGAACAUACUGAUAAAACGAGAAAAAUAUCAAAAGAUUUAUCAGAUACAAUUAUAAAUGAUUAUAGAAAUAAAAAAAUAAUAAUUGAAUCAACAACUUCACAAAUUCCAAAAAGAAAAAUAUCAAAUGAUUCAACAAUAAUAAAUUGUAUUAAUAAAAAUAAUAAUAAUAGUAAUAAUAAUAGUUGUAGUAAUAAUAAUAAUAAUGAUGAUGAUGGUGAUGAUGAAGGUGGAGGAGAAGGUACAAGUGGAAGUAGUAAUAAUAGUAGUAAAAUUGAUAAUAAUAAUAAAUUUGAAAGAUUAAAAAGUACAAGAUUUAUGACAUCAAAAGUUGAUAUUGAUGAAGAAAUAAUAAUUGAUAAUAAUAAUGAAAAACAAGAUAUAAAAAUUGAUAAUGAAAUUAAAAAUAAUGUUGCGAUAGUUGAUGAUAAUGAUAAUAAUAAUGCAAGUGAUAUGAGUAAUACUGUUGCUGCUCAAGCACUUGAUGAUGAAUCAUUAACGGAAAUUGGUAAUGUUGUAUCAUCUCAAUUGGAUGAAAAUCUAAUCGUUAAUGAUGAAGAUGGUGAUAAUAAUGACGAUGAUGAUGAUGCUGAAAGUAAGACAGAAACAGCAACAACAUCGACGACGACGACGACGACAACGACGACAAUUACGACACCAACAAUAGUUGUUGAAGAUGAAGAUGAUAAUACAGAUAAAAUUGAAAAUUCAAAUGAUGAUAAUGCAAUGUCAAUAAUAAAUAAUGAAAAUAAUGAUAAUACAAGAGUUCAAGAUGAUGUUGUUGAAGAUGAACAAAAAAUAGUACCAAUUGAUGAUGGUAAAAAUAUAAUAAUACAAAAAAAAAUUCAAAAAGUUGAAGAUGAUGAUGGUGAAAAAGCUGUAGCAUCAUCACCAGAUGAACGUUAUUUUAAAUAUGCUGAAGAACUUGGUCGUGGUAGUUUUAAAACAGUAUAUCGUGGUGUUGAUACACAAACUGGUGUACAAGUUGCAUGGUGUGAAUUACAAGAUAAAAAAUUAAAUAAAAAUGAACGUUUACGUUUUCGUGAUGAAGCUGAAAUGUUAAAAGGUUUACAACAUCCAAAUAUUGUACGUUUUUAUGAUUAUUGGGAAGUUAAUUCAAAAGGUAAAAAAUUUAUAGUACUUGUUACUGAAUUAAUGACAUCUGGUACACUUAAAACAUAUUUAAAAAGAUUUAAAAGAAUAAAUACAAAAUUUGUUAAAUCAUGGUGUCGUCAAAUAUUAAAAGGUUUAAGUUUUUUACAUUCACGUUCACCACCAAUAAUACAUCGUGAUUUAAAAUGCGAUAAUAUAUUUAUAACUGGUACAAGUGGUUGUGUUAAAAUUGGUGAUUUAGGUUUAGCAACAUUAAAAAAUCAUAGUUUUGUUAAAUCAGUAAUUGGUACACCUGAAUUUAUGGCACCAGAAAUGUAUGAAGAACAUUAUGAUGAAUCAGUUGAUGUUUAUGCAUUUGGUAUGUGUAUGCUUGAAAUGGCAACAAGUGAAUAUCCAUAUUCUGAAUGUGCUAGUCCAGCUCAAAUAUUUAAAAAAGUAACAACUGGUAUUAAACCAGCAUCACUUGAAAAAGUUGAAAUACCAGAAGUACGUGAUAUCAUUGAAAUGUGUAUAAGAUUAGAAAAAAUUGAACGUCCAUUUGUCAAAGAUUUAUUAAAUCAUGAAUUUUUUGUUGAAGAUGUUGGUUUAAAGCUAGAAAUGAUAUCACGUGAUGCUGCUGUUGCUGAUCCUGAAUUAUCACGUGUUGAAUUUCGUUUACGUGUUAUGGAUUCUAAAAAACGUAGUAAUAAACAUAAAGAAAAUGAAGCAAUACAAUUUGAUUUUGAUAUACAAGCUGAUAAUGCUGAUGAAGUUGCACUUGAAAUGGCUAAAUCAAGUUUAAUACUUGAAGAAGAUGCUAAAGCUGUUGCUAAAAUGUUAAAAUCACAAAUAACUGGAUUACAAAGAGAUAGAGAAGAAAAAAAAUUAAAAGAUGAAAAAGAACGUUUAGAUCGUGAAGCUGCUGAAUCAACAACAGCUAAUGAAAAUUUAUUACAACAACAACAACAACAAAUUUUAUUACAACAAGCACAAUUACAAUUACAAGCCCAACAACAAGCACACAUACAAUCAACAAUAAAUAUGCAAUUACAAAAUCAAUCAAUGAACAUGCAAAUAUCACAACAACAACAACAACAACAGCAGCAACAAAAUAAUGCCCAAGGACAACCACAACCACAACAACAGCAACAGCAAUGUUUACCACAACAAGUUCAAAUGUCAACACCACAACAAUAUCAACAGCAGCCUCAACAACAACAGCAGCAACAACAACAACAGCCUCAACAAUAUCAACCACAACAACAACAACAACAUGUGCCAGUUGUUAAUCAACAAGCACUCUCAACAAAUUCAUCACAAUGUUCAACACCACAAACACUACAAGGACCUCCACAAUUUCCACAAAUAAUACAACAACAACAACAGCCACAACAGCAGCAACAACAACAACAAAAUGUACAAGAAACAUCACAACAACAACAGCCACAGCAAUAUGUACAUGUAAAUCAAAUGCAAAUACAAAAUCAAAUACCUCAACAAAUGCAAGUUAUACAAGGACAAGGACAGCAACAACAAGGGCAAACACAUAUGCAAUACGCGCAAACACAAAUUCAAACACCACCACAAAUGCAACAACAAAUGCAACCAAUACAAAUACAAAAUAAUCAACCUGGUAUGCAAAUGCAUCAUCAACAAUAUUAUCAACAAGGAGCUAUUUAUCAAUUACAAAUAUAUCAUCCUUAUCCAAAUAAUACAAGUGGUGCUACUGGACAUGUUGAGCUUAUGCAAACUGCUCAACCAACACAAACAAAUACACAAGCAAUAUAUUCAAAUGUAUCAGCAACACAAAAUUUUAUACAAAAUACAUCUCCAAUGCAAGUACAAAGUGUACAAAAUGUACAAAGUGUCCAGAAUGUCCAGAAUGUUCAAAAUGUACAGAGUGUACAAAAUGUACAAAAUGUACAAAGUGUACAAAGUGUUCAGAAUGUACAAAAUGUACAAAAUGUACAGAAUAUUCAAAAUGUUCAAAGUGUACAAAAUAUGCAAAGUGUACAAAAUGUUCAAACAAUUCAAAAUGUUCAGGCACCAACUGCUGUUGUUAAUGUAAUGCCAAAUAAUCAACAACAACAACAACAACCUCAACAACAAAUUCAACAGCAAAUUCAACAACAACAACAACAAAUGCAGCAACAACAAUCUGCAAUGAUGAUGCAAAUGCAAUACAAUGCCCAAGCAACAAUGCCAAUAACAAUGACAAAUAUUAAUCAACAAAAUCAAUCGACAAAUAGUCAAGUUAAUCCACAACAAUUGAUACAACAAUUAAAUGACAAUACUCAUGUUGGUAUAUUUAAACAAGACACAAUAGAAAAUGUUGCUUCAAUUGUGUCUGAUGGUGGUCAAUUAAAUUUACCAACUGAUCAUCAGUUGCAACAACAACAACAACAGCCACAGUCACAGCCACAACAACAAGUACAACAGCAACAGCAACAGCAUGCACAAUCAGUAGGUCAAGCUUCAUCAACAGAUGCAACAUCUGAAAAUUCUGAAAGUAUAACACAACCAGAAAAAAAUCGUCCAAAAAGAUCAACAACAAAAAGAAAAAAAUCUGGUAUUAUAUUAACAGUAUUAUCAGUUAGUAAUGGUGAUGGACAAUCAAUGAUGGUUGAAUGUCAAUUAGAUACAAGUAAACAAAAAACUGUUACAUUUAAAUUUGAUCGUGAUGAUGUUGUACCAUUGGAUAUUGCAAAUGAUUUAAUUGCUAAAAAUUUAAUGCCACAAAGUCAGUGUGAUACAUUUGUUGAAUUAAUUGAUGAUAUUGUUAAAAAAUUACGUCUUGAACCAACAAGAACACUUCCAUUAAUUGCACAUGGUCCACCUGAUCAAUCAGCUGGUGGUAGUCCAGUUCAUAGUCGUCGACCGAGAGAUAGAGAUCACAGUCUCGAUGCAUCCAAGCAGGUGAGACACGGCUCGCUGACUCGAUCGAGCAGUCAUCGAUCUGCUUACAAAACACAUCGUAGGCAUCGUUCGAGAGACGAAACAUCAAAUACUUCAUCGACGACAAAACUUUUGCCAAUUGAUCAUAUUAUUUCACAAAUAUCAUUGUCUCAAGCUGAUAGAAAUCAGCAAAAUAUAUUGUCUACUGAUCAGUCUGGUGUGACUGGAGAUCAGCCUGGUGCUACUGAGGAAAUAUCGAGGCGUUCAUCAACAUCAACACAAAAUAAUGAUGUGACAUUAAUUUCAUCUGAUCAUCCUGAAAAUUCUGGUGAGGCAACACAAGGCUUAGAAGAUAAUUCAACUGAUUCGCAUAAUGUUAGUCUUGAUGAUUCAUCUGAUGUUAUGACAAAAUCAUCGGGUACUGAUUCUUCAACUUUAAUACAAGAUAUCGUUCAAGUUGAUGAUGAUAAAAUACCUGUUGAUAAUUCAGCUGUAACACAAGACAAUACACAAUUACAAGAUAAAGAAUUAACAGUUGAUUCAUCAUCUGAAGUUGCUAUUAAAAAAUCAACACCAGUUAGAAAAAUAUCAAGAUUUUUUGUAAGUCCAGUUGUUGAAAAUAAAGGCUUUACUGGUGAGCCAGAAGUUGUUAGUGUUGGAACUCAUGAUGGUAUUUAUGAUACUAAAAAUAUUCCAAAACAGAAUGAGAUAGAGACUGUUGAAAUUAUUCCAAAUGAUAAAAUACAUCAACAACAAAUUCAUCAAAUUAUUCCACAACAAUCACAAAAUUUUAAUCAGCCUGAUCAACAACAACAACAGAUUCCACAACAAAUACAAACAUUUCAUCAAGAACAAAUUCCACAACAAAUGCAAAAUUUUAAUAAUCAAGUUGAACAUAUACAACAGCAACAACAACAACAACAACAAAUUCCUCAACAAAUAUCACAAAUGCAAAAUUUUAAUCAAAUUGAACAAGUCCAAUUACAUCAACAAAUAUCACAAAUAAUUUCUCAACCAAUACAAAAUUUUAAUAAUCAAGUUGAACAAAUACAACAACAACAACAGCAACAACAAAUUCCUCAUCAAGUACAAAAUUUUAAUCAAGUACAAAUGGGAGUUAAAAUUCAACAAAUAGUUGGACAAAUGCAAACACCGUUAGUUAAUCAAAUAUCACAAGAAUCAAAAGCACCGGAAUAUACACCGAGUGUUGAGGCAAUAUCUGUUGAACAAAUACAACAACAAGUUUCUCAACAGAUACAAAGUUUAAAUCAAGUUGAACAAAUAUCUCAACAGACACAAAAUUUUAAUCAAGUUCAAAUGGGUGUACAGAUGCAACAAAUGGCUGGACAAAUGCAAACACCAACAACAAGUUUAAUAACACAAACAAAACAAGAAACUGUUGUUGUUAUGCAAACAAAUGUAACACAACAGCAACAACAACAGUCUCUUCCUCUUCCAGUACAGCUUCAGCAACAAGCAGCAGCAACAACAACAACAUCACCAUCAACAACAGCUGAUAAUGUACCAAAAAUUAAAGCUGAAGUUGUAUCAUCGACACUUCCUGAUCUUGCACAAAAUUUGGCAAAUAUAUUAUCACAACCAAAAACAACUGGCAAUAAUAAAACACCAUCUCAAACUGGUGGAGCAUCUGCAACACAUGAACAAUCAGUUAUUAAUACAAAUCAAUCAUCAACUCUUCCAGCCUAUCAUUCUGAACAAUAUUUUCAAAAUAAUAAUCAACCUGAUCAACAACAGCAGCAACAACAGGUUAAUCAAAUACAACAACAACCACAAGUUGCUCAAAUUCAACAACAACAACAAGUUGCCCAAGUUGCUCAGCAGCAACAGCAACCUCAAGUCACUCCAAUACAACAACAGUCUCAAUUGAACCAGAUACUACAACAACAAAUUGUCCAACAGCAACAACAAGUUGUCCAACAACAACAACAAGUUGUACAACAGCAACAACAGCCUCAAGUCACCCAAAUUCAACAACAACAACAGCCACAAGUUGCUCAAAUACAACAGCAACAGCAGCAGUCACCUCAAGUCACUCAAAUACAACAACAACAACCACAAGUUAACCAAAUACAGCAACAACAGUCACCACAAGUCACUCAAAUACAACAACAAGUUGUACAAAUACAACAGCAGCAACAGCCACAAGUUGCUCAGAUACCACAGCAUCAACAACAACAGUCGGUUCAUGUUCAACAAAAUUAUUCUGCUGUUCAACAUCAACAAGUACAACAAUUAAUGCAUACACAAAAUCAAGGACAACCUGGACAAAUUCAAGGACAAUUAAUACAAAAUAGUACAAAUGUUCAAAAUAUUGUACAAGGACAAUGGAUAAUGCCAGUUCAAAAUCAAUAUGUUCAACAAAUACCAAAUAUACAGCAUGUUCAACAAUUACAACAACAACAACAACAGCAACAACAAUCUGGUCAGUUGAUUCAAGAUAAUCAAAUUGAUAAUCAAUUUACAAAUGUACAAGAUCAAAAUUGUCAAUUAAGACUACAAGAAAUAAGUCAUAUUAGAACAGAAACAGAUUCAGCAAUUGAUUGUAAUUCAAUAAGUCGACGUACAAGUAGUGAUUGUCAAUUAUUAACAGAUAAUGAUUUAACACCAGAACAUAAUAUUAUUGAAACAACUGAUUCAAUAUCUUAUCCUCAACAUCAAGCAAUACAUCAAACACAACAUCAACAUCAUAAAUUAAGUCAACAAAAUUCACUAGAUAAAGUUGCUGAUAUUGGUCCACAAUCAAUUGCUGCACUUGGACAAAAACUUGCUGAAUUAACUAGUCAUCCAUCUGAAUCAUUGGCUGUAACAACAACAACAAUUCCACAACAACAACAACAACAACAACAUACAACAAUUCCACAACAAUCUGAUAUAACAACAUACAAUCAUCAAAAAAUAUCAGCUCAUGUUGCAUCAAGUAUACAAAAUAUUAAUGUUAAUUCACCACAAACAACAAUACAUUCAACUCCAACAAAUCAUAUUGAUCAAAGUGUUAUGAAUGUAUUUGAUAAUAAUCAAUUAUUAGAUAAUCAAUAUAGCCAAGUUGUUGUUGUUGAUAAUACAAAUAUUGAAAAUACAACAGCUGUUGAAACAAUGAGUCCAAGUAAGGAUAAUGUUAAAUCACGUACACAAAAAACUGGUGGUACACAGUUACAUGAUUUAGAUCGUGAACUUAAUAAAAUUCAUCAACGUAAUGAUGCUAUAUCAAUGACAUCAUCAUUGCCAUUGAUACCAUCAAUAUCAGCUAUAAAUCAUAUGCAACAAAUUAUGUCUCAAACAUUAAUGCAAACACCACAAGGACAACCUAUUGUUCCAAUGACAAAUAUGUCUGUUGUUAGUAAUAAUAAUAAUUCAGGUAUGAGUACACCAGUUAAUAUGGAAUAUUCUGAUGAACAAAGAGCUGUACAGCAACAAACACCACAACAACCAGUAAGAAAAAUAUCACGUUUUAUGGUAUCAAAAGUGGCUGGACCACCUGCAAUUGAUGUACAUCAACAACAACAAGCUUAUUGUCAACAAAUGGGUAUACCAUAUCAACAAUCAAUUGAUGAGCCAAGAAAUAAUAAUAUUCAUCAUCAAAAUGAUGAUGUACAACAACAACAUCAACAGCAGCAACAGCAACACCAACAACAACAAAAUACUAUUCAAGUAAUACACAGUCGUGAAAGUUCAUUACCACCACCAUCAUCAAGUGUUAUGACAACGUCAAUUGGACAUACUGCAAUUGAUUUAGAUAAAGAAGAUAGAAUAACAUCAUCAUUAACACCAAGUGAAGAAUAUCAAUUGUUAAUUAAAAGACAAACGUCUGAAUUAGAAACACUACAAAGAAGACACAGAGAUGAAUUGGAAAAAUUUCAACAGCAUCAAUUGCAGUUAUUGAUACAACAACAACAGCAAGCGAGUGCAUUACAUCAACAUCAACAUCAUCCGUUGCUAUAUCAUACUGUGGCGACAACUGUAACAGGACCAUCACGACCACUUGGCGUGGAGGAUUAUCUUAUGUUCAGUUCAGCACCACAAGCAUCAUUUAGACGUGGUUAUUGUCCAGAUACAGAAGAAACAUUACGUUUAGCAACACAAAAAUUAAUACAAACACCACAACAAUCAUCAUCAACAACAACAACAAAUAUUCCACAUGCUUAUGUCAUACCAAUUGUCAUGCCAUCAACACAACAAGUUACAAAUUAUUCACAAACAUCUGAUGAACAAAUAAUUGGUUCAACAAAUGGAUCAACAACACAACAACAUCAACAACAACAACAACAACAAUGUCAAUUUCCUCAAAUAUUACAAACAGAUGUUACAACAUCAAAUUGUGGUAAUUCAAAUAGUAUAACAACAACACCAAUAACAAGUACUGGUACAUCUGGAUAUAUACAUUAUCAUGAACCAGGUGCACUUGCUAAUUUUCAAGCAUUUAGUUAUUCACCACAUGGUGGUUUAUUUUUACCAGCUGGUUAUAGAAUUGUUUAUGCACCAACUUCUGGUACACCACAAUCAUCACAACCAGCUACACCAGCAACACCACGUCUUGGUAAUUCACAUGAUGGUACACCACCAGCUGAACCACAUCAUGAACAAACACAAUUAAAUCAUAAAAAUAUAGAACAAUAAAUUUUCUCUCUCAAUAUUAUAUAAUAAAUAUAUAAUAUAUAUUUUUCCAUUAUUACAAAUUUAUUUUUAUUUUUUUCUCUCUUUUUUUUCUAUUUUUUAUUAUAAAAUAUUUUAAAAAAAUAAAAAUAAUAAUUUGUCAAACUUCUGUCUUCUCUUUAUAUAAACAUAAACAAAAAAAUAUAUUUUUUUCCACACAAUUCAUUAUUGAUGAAUCCUUAAACGUGCCACAAAAAAAAAAAAAAAAUGUUUUAAAAUGAUAUUACUCAUUUAUGUUGGUGAUAACGAGUAAUAAUAUAAAAAUAAAUAAUCAAGAGAAAUAGGUAGUUGUAGUAAAAAAUAAAAUUAAAACGUUCGCACUGAAAAAUAAUUUAAAAUUGUAAUUGAAUUGUGCGAACGAGUGAUUGAGAGAGAAAUAUAAAAAGAGAAAAAAUAAAUUUGGCAAAAGAAUAUAAAAAUUAAAAUUAAUAACAAAUAGG